UACAGAUGUAUGGCAUAGUUUGUGCUGUAGUGUUACAGCAGCAGUGUUUUGUGUUAAUGAAUAGAAGGUACAGUCUCACAAAGGCUUUUUGCUUACUGCUGCUGCUUGGAUGAUCAUAAUAACUACAUCACUGCCUGCAGGGUGUUAUCUUCUCACUGUCAGGCUAUCAUUGCGCACCAGAGAGCGCAGCGCCUCUCGCGCCCCCCGCAGUCUCUCUCCGGGACAACACUUGUCUGUAGCCCUUCUGCUUGCUUAGAGUCGCUGGAUGAAGCUGCGGUGACGGCGGCGUGCCUCCAACACAAGGCCGUCCCGUUCGGUGGUCCCGUUAUGGAUGUGGAGACGCGGAGCGAAGCAGCCUUCCCCAAAUGGCGGUGUGAGUGAGGAUGCGACUCCCCAGUUCCAUCUUUGUGUCGGUGUCUCUGUUCACGGCCGAGACUACGGCAGCGCUGUACCUCAGCUCCACGUACCGCUCCGCCGGGGACCAGAUCUGGCAGGGACUCACGCUCCUCUUCACGCUCGUACCGUCCGUUCUCGUGCAGCUGACCCUCACCUUCAUCCACCGGGACCUGAGCAGAGACAGACCGCUCAUCCUGUUGCUGCACAUCCUGCAGCUCGGUCCCAUCGUCAGGUGUCUGGAGGCGUUCUGUAUCUAUGGCAGUGUGGGCCGAGUGGAAGAGCCUUAUGUCAGUAUCACAAGGAAGAAGCAGAUGCCCCGCGGGGGUCAGUCUGAGGAAGUGGAGCGGCAGGUGGGGCAGGCGGAGGGAAAAUUGUUUACACACCGAGCAGCCUUCGCCCGCACCUCUGUCAUUCAAGCCUUCCUGGGAUCAGCCCCCCAGCUCACCCUGCAGCUCUACAUCUGCAUCCUGCAGCAGGGCAUCUCCAUCGGCAGAGGAACACUAAUGGUGAUCUCCCUCCUGUCCAUCGUUUAUGGAGCGCUGCGCUGCAACAUCCUGGCCAUUAAGAUAAAGUACGAUGACUAUGAGGUGGACAUCCGGCCCAUGGCUUACUUGUGCAUUUUCCUGUGGAGAAGCUUCGAGAUCGCCACUCGUGUUGUGGUUCUGGUUCUGUUCAGCUCUGUCCUGCAGCUCUGGGUCCUGCCUGUGGUUUUCUUAAACUUCCUUGUUUUCUUCCUCUACCCCUGGAUCCUGUUCUGGCAGAGCCACUCGCCAUUCCCAGAAAAUAUAGAAAAAACUCUCACAAGGGUGGGGACCACCAUCGUGCUGUGCCUGCUCACCUUCCUGUAUGCUGGCAUCAACAUGUUCUGCUGGUCAGCCGUGCAGGUGAAACUAAAUGACCCAGACCUCAUCAAUAAGUCCCAGAACUGGUAUCGCAUGGCUGUUUACUACAUGUUGCGAUUUGUGGAGAACGCCUCGUUGCUUCUUCUGUGGUACAUCUAUAAAACAGACUUCUACAAGUUUAUCUGUGCCCCACUCCUGGUCCUGCAGCUGCUGGUAGCGUACACCAUGGCUAUCUUCUUCAUGCUGGUCUUCUACCAGUUCUGUCAUCCAUGCCGGAAGCUCUUCUCCUCCAGCAUGACGCAGGGCCUUUGGGAUUGCUCGUCUCUCCUGUGCCUCAUGUGCAAUUCUGCUUCGCCUCAGAACAGACCGAUGAGGAAGGCCGCGCUUGAGCAGUCCACUUGCACAGAUCCGGCCAACAACCAAAACCAAGACACAGCCAGUGACAGUACAGAUGGCAUGCCUAAUGACACAACAUAUGACGUGCUCAAUGACACAAUCAAUGACAUUCCUAAUGACGAGGACGUGAAUACGAGAGGUGGACUCAAUGGUGACGUCAGCCACUGCAACGUUUAAAGCCGCGCAGCUGCUGGACGUGCCAUGCAGAGACUGUUCAUACAUUCUGUAAACUUCGAAGUGCCACGUGGAUCCCUUUGUGAAUUGAGUUUACACUCGCUUGAUGUCAUAAAUCCAUCUCAGCUCUGCCAUGACACACUUGUCCUGGCUGCAGAGGUGAUGCUCACCUGUCUUAUCAGCCUACAUGUCAACCUUCCAUCCUGCAGCCUUUAAUACAAGUAAUCUCUCACAAACCCCACCAUAUGCUGCAUUACUGAUCACAAGGAGCCAUGCAUUUAAAGUGAUUGUAUUAUAUUUACUUUUGGCAUGAAGGUGUGCAUGCGAGAUGCCUCAAAUGAGGUGUAAGUUAUUCUGAAGGGGGGGGGUGGCGUGGUAGGUCUUCUCUUCAUUUAACCCCCCUCACCAGUUUAAUAGCUGCAAGCAAUCAGCUUUUUAGACUCCUUAAUAAGAGCUUUAUAAUUAACACGCUGCUUUUGUGAUGUGCUUUUUGUGCUUGACGAAAUGUUUCAUCUCUACAUGAUGAACAGCCUGUUCCAUCACCAAACACGUUACUGUGAAGCACGGGCAUUUCCAAGAAGCGUAAUGUUUUUUUGCACGUUUACACAAAGAAUUUUAAGUGUCUUCGAAUCAAUUGUUGAGCAGCAGCCAUAGUGACGUGAAAAGCUUUUUUUGCCUGUUACGUCUGUCAGCUCUGUCUAUAUGUUAGUUAGAAUAUUUACACUGCACAAAAAAUGGGUUAUGUGUAACUGAAAAUGCAAGAUAUAGUUGCUCACCUUUAAUGUAAAUUAUGUGUGCGAGAGAGAAUGUUAGUGCGUUUCUUUUGGUUGUUUGUGUAUUUUUUGCUACUUUUUUGCUAUGUAUCUGCAGAGGAACAAUGGCCUCAUAAAUCAUAUGAAUGCUAAUGUUUGUACAAAUAAGCAACAUUUAAUGCCAAAAAAAUACUGAGUCUCAUACACAACAAAAACGUGUUUAAAAUAUGAAGUCCAAUGUUAAAAUUGAAAUAAAUAUAUAUUUAUAUGUGAAAA